GUGGAGGGGAGAGGCAGGCACACUGUAUGGCUGCAUGAGAGAGAGAGAGAAUAAGAGAGAGAGAAGACACAGGAGAAUAGAAGGCAGUUGGAAGCUGGGGACAAGAGAAAGAGGAGGAUAUAGUUGUCGUCUUCCCCCUCCUCUCCUUCUCUCUCUGAAAGGCCACUCUGGGAUCAAGUGGCAGCCGUUCAGUCUCAGCUCAACUUCUGCUGCUGCUGCAACUGUGUCUCUGCCUCUGCCUCUAAAAUUCACUCACUGCACUUCAACUGUUUUCAUCCACUUUUUUUAUUUUUAUUUUAUAGAUAUAUAUAUAUAUGCAUAUAUAUAUCUGUGAAAGAAGUCACUCACUCACUCACUCUCAGGUCCUGCAGUGUUGUGGAGCGCUGCAGGAUAACAGCAUGCCUGCUGGGAGAAGAAGAGAUGGAGCCGGGUCUGGGACGGUGGCGGCCCCGCGCCGGGCCCCUCAGUCCGGACUGUGGAUGAUGCUGCUGUGGAGUGUUGUGCUGCUGCUGCUGCUGCUGGCAGGUGGUGGAUGUGCGGAGGCGUGCCCUGCGCCCUGCAGCUGCCUGGGCAGCACGGUGGACUGUCACGGCCUGGGCAUCCACUCCGUACCCAAACACGUCCCCAAAGGCACCGAGAGGCUUGAUCUGAAUGGAAACAACCUGACAGUCAUCACUAAGACAGACUUCGCUGGCCUGAAACACCUACGAGUGCUUCAUCUGAUGGAGAACCAGAUCAGUAACAUUGAGAGAGGAGCUUUUGAUGAUCUGAGGGAGCUGGAGAGACUUCGGCUCAACAAGAACCAUCUGAGCCAAAUCCCAGAGUUGCUGUUUCAGAAGAACGAAGCUCUGUCUCGACUGGACCUGAGUGAAAACGCCAUCCAGGCCAUUCCACGGAGGGCGUUCAGAGGAGCCACGGACAUCAAAAACCUUCAGCUGGAUAAAAACCAUAUCAGCUGUAUAGAGGAGGGAGCCUUCAGAGCUCUGCGCUCACUGGAAGUCCUCACGCUGAAUAACAACAACAUCAGCAGUAUUCCAGUCUCCAGUUUCAACCACAUGCCCAAGCUCCGCACCUUUCGUCUCCAUGCUAACUCUCUGCGCUGUGACUGUCAUCUGGCCUGGUUGUCACCGUGGCUGCGGCAACGGACAGCGCUGGGUCUCUACACUCAGUGCAGCUCCCCUCCCAAGCUGAGGGGCCUCAACCUUGCCGAGCUGCGUAAGAGUGACUUCGCCUGCUCAGGCAAUGGUGGCAGCGCCUUUGUUCAGCCAUGCAGCCUGGCGUCUGGCUCCUGUCCUCCCAUGUGCUCCUGCAGCAACAACAUCGUGGACUGUCGGGGGCGGGGCCUCACUGCAAUACCCGCCCACCUCCCUGAGGCCAUGACUGAGAUUCGUCUGGAGCAGAACGGCAUCAAGUCAGUUCCUCCAGGUGCCUUCACUUCCUACAAGAAGCUUCGUCGAAUAGACCUGAGCAACAACCAGAUCUCUGAAAUCGCUCCAGAUGCUUUCCACGGCCUCAAAGCGCUCAAUUCACUGGUUCUGUAUGGUAAUAAGAUCACGGAGCUGCCCAGCGGAGUGUUUGAUGGUCUGGCCUCACUGGAGCUGCUGCUGCUCAACGCUAACAAGAUCCACUGUGUCAGGGCAACGGUGUUCAAAGACCUGGAGAACCUGGCUCUGCUGUCGCUGUACGACAACAAGAUCCAGAGUCUGGCCAAAGGCACCUUCAGCUCACUGCACAGCAUCCAGACACUCCACCUGGCCCAGAACCCCUUUGUGUGCGAUUGUAAUGUGAAGUGGCUGGCUGACUUCCUGCGGUCAAACCCAAUAGAGACGAGUGGAGCCCGCUGUGCCAGCCCUCGCCGCCUCGCCAACAAACGCAUCGCACAGAUCAAAAGCAGCAAGUUCCGAUGCUCCGCCAAAGAGCAGUACUACAUCCCAGGAACGGAUGACAGGCGUCAGAGCUAUGAGUGUAACAGUAAACCAGUGUGUCCCACCAAAUGUCGCUGUGAGGCAAAUGUGGUUGACUGCUCCAACCUCCGCCUCACUAAGUUCCCUGAACAUCUGCCCUCCUCGACCGAAGAACUGCGUCUCAACAACAAUGACCUCUCUGUGCUGGAGGCCACCGGUGCCUUCAAGGGUCUGUCGCAGCUCAGUAAAAUUAACUUGAGCAACAACAAGAUCUCAGACAUUGAGGACGGAGCAUUUGACGGCGCCUCGUCUGUGGGGGAGCUUCACCUAUCAGCCAAUCACCUGGAGUCUGUGCGAGGCAGCAUGUUCAAAGGCAUGGAGGGAUUACGCAUGCUGAUGCUGAGGAACAACAGGAUCAGCUGUAUCCAUAAUGGCAGCUUCACGGGUCUGACCAACGUCAGGCUGCUCUCCCUCUACGACAACCAGCUGAGCACCAUCCUGCCCGGUGCCUUCGACACGCUGCCAAACCUGUCCACGCUAAACCUCCUGGCCAACCCGUUUAACUGUGACUGCCGUCUGUCCUGGUUUGGCGCUUGGCUACGCAGCAAACGGAUUGUGACGGGAAACCCUCGCUGCCAGGGCCCAGCCUUCCUACGAGAGAUCCCGCUGCAGGACGUGGCUGUGCCAGACUUCCGCUGCGAGGAUGGCUCGGUGCUGGAGGACAGCAGCUGUGCUGCGGGGAUUCAGUGUCCGAGCCAGUGCACCUGCAUGGACACAGUCGUCCGCUGCAGCAACAAACACCUACAGGCUCUGCCCAGGGGGCUUUCCCGCAACGUCACCGAACUGUAUCUGGAUGGAAACCAGUUCACCAGUGUUCCCAAAGAGUUGGCCUCCUUCAAGUACCUGCAGCUGGUAGAUCUGAGCAACAACAAAAUCAGCUCCCUGUCUGACGACUCCUUUUCCAACAUGAGCCAGCUCACCACGCUGAUCCUCAGUUACAACUCACUACAAUGCAUCCCUCCUCUGGCACUGGGCGGCCUGCGCUCGCUGAGACUCCUCUCUCUCCAUGGCAACGACAUCUCUGAGCUCCAGCAGGGCAUUUUCAGUGACGUGGCCUCCCUGUCUCACCUAGCGAUCGGAGCCAACCCUCUGUACUGUGACUGCCGUCUGCUCUGGCUGUCAGACUGGGUGAAGAGCGGCUACAAGGAGCCCGGCAUCGCCCGCUGUGCCGGGCCCCGUGGCAUGGAGGGCAAACUGCUUCUGACCACGCCCGCCGACAAGUUUCAGUGUCAGGGUCCUGUAGAGGCGUCUGUCCAGGCCAAAUGCAGUCCGUGUGUGUCCUCUCCCUGCCAGAACCAGGGCAUCUGCAAACCUCACCUCACACAACUGUUCACCUGCACCUGCAAAACUGGAUACUCGGGGAAACACUGUGAGACACCAGUCGACGCUUGUGUCAGUAAUCCCUGCACCAACGGAGGAACCUGCCUGAGUGAUGAGCAGACCGGAGGGUUCAGUUGUGCGUGUGCAUUUGGUUUCCACGGCACCUUCUGUGAGGUGAACAUGGACGACUGCCAGGAACAUGGAUGCGAGAACGGCGCCACCUGCAUUGACGGAGUUGGGAACUACACCUGCUUGUGUCCUCCAAACUACACAGGUCUGCUUUGUGAAGAAGAGGAGGGAGUUUGUUCUCCAGGUAGAAACCCCUGUCAGCAUCAGUCUACCUGCUUCAGCUCUCCUACUGGUGCCAGGUGUGUGUGUAUCCCUGGCUGGGUGGGGCCAAACUGUGGCAUAGAUUACAACGAGUGUGUGGAUCAUCGCUGUCAGAAUGGAGCCCAGUGCGUCGACCACCUAGACGGCUACAGCUGCGUCUGUCCACAGGGAUACAGUGGACAGUUUUGUGAGGUGGCCCUCAUGUCUCCCUCACCCUGCCAGCUGGCUCGCUGUCAGAACGGCGCCCCCUGCAUAGAGAAGCUGGGCGCGGCGCUGUGUCAGUGUCUGCCGGGCUUCGAGGGUCUGAGCUGUGAGAAACUGGUCAGUGUCAACUUUGUCGACAGGGACUCUUAUGUUCAGCUUCAGGAUGUCAAGAACUGGCCUCAGGCCAACAUCACGCUGCAGGUGUCAACUGCUGAGGACAAUGGAAUCCUGCUCUAUAACGGAGACAACGAGCCCAUCGCCGUGGAGCUUCAUCAGGGUCACGUCAGGGUCACGUAUGAUCCUGGAAACCAGCCUGCCACUGCUAUCUACAGCACUGAGACUGUGAAUGAUGGCCGUUUCCACACUGUCGAGCUGGUGACCUUCAACCGCAUGGUGAACCUGUCUGUGGACGGAGGAGAGCCAAUGACUCUGGACAGUCAGGGCCGGAGCCAGCUGGUGCCUGAGGAGGCCCCUCUGUAUGUGGGAGGUAUGCCAGAGGAGGUGAUGCCUGCUUCUCUGGGUGUCUCAUUUCAGUCCCUCAACACGUCCAGUUUCCAUGGCUGCAUCAGGAAUCUGUACAUCAACCACGAGCUGCAGGAUUUCACCCGCAGCCACAUGAAGCCUGGGGUGGUGCCGGGCUGCCAGGCCUGCCGCAAGCUCAACUGCCUCCAUGGCGUCUGCCAACCUGAUGCUGCACAGGGACCCCAGUGUCACUGUCAGACAGGGUGGACGGGACCACACUGUGACCAGGCAAUAGCAGGAGGCCUUACUGGGGUGGAUGGUGUCAACUCUUGUGAAGGCAGCAAGUGCGUGAACGGUGUGUGUGUGGUGCUGGACACACAAACCUACCGCUGUGACUGUAAGGAGGGAUACCAUGGUGCACUCUGUAACCUGCAGGGGGAGCCAGGCGGGUCCUGUCAGAGUCUGCAGUGCCUGCACGGCCAGUGUCAGAAGACGGACAGAGGAGAGAGUUGCGUCUGUGAGCAGGGAUACACCGGCAAGAGCUGUGAUACAGAGUCCCCGUGUGGAGCUGAGCCGGUAAGAGAUUACCACCGACUGCAGCGCGGCACCGUCCUCUGCCAGACCUCCAAGACUUUCUCGUGGGUUGAAUGUCGCGGUCGGUGCCAGGCGAGCAGCGGGCCGAGUGUCUCUGCCGCCGUCGCCCCCUGUUGUGCUCCUCUGAGGCUCCGACGUCGACGACUCACCUUCGACUGCGACGACGGGACCUCAUUCAUGCAGGACGUGGAGAAGCCUGUGGAAUGUGGCUGCAAGGAGUGUGUGUAGCACUGUGGAUGAUGCACACACACACACAUGCACACACUCUCCCGUUUAUCCAAACACAACACACAACCAAGAGGUACACACACACUGUCACUGACCAACAGACAUUUUCAGUGUUAGUUUUAUGUGUUCUUUGCACACAGACGUGGUUUUGUACUAUAACACAGGUCUUCCCUUUUGAGACAUGGAAUCAACAUUUCAACCUCAUCAUCAUCAUCUUCCUCGUUCCACGGCCGCUUCAGGAGAACCUGCCACUAACUACCUAACACCAGCUCAUGAUUAACACAGUGUGUGUGUGUGUGUGUUGUCAUAACAGCAAAGAGCGACGGGUCACAGGAAACAAAUUGUUGCAAAGAUUGUUGCACUCCUUGACAUGUUAUCUUGUGAUCUGGAGGUUAGUGGUACAUUCAUAUCGAACGCAAAGCAGUUUUUGACGUCGCUUUAUUCCAGCAGUUACAUAAGUAAAAGAGUAAAAGAAGGCGACUACUCGACACUAGAACUAACUAACGUUCAUAGUUAGGUCUAGAGGCACAUGUAGAGGAACUGUCCUCCAUUUCUGAUACAACAUUGGGAAUCUCAGCACUGACUGACUUUCACAUCACUUCAAUCAAGUGGCGCUCGCUCGAGUGCACACGAUGCCGUCUUUGCAUCUUCACAGGAUUCGUGGCACAUACUUGUUUUCACCUGAUUCACUUAAUGCAUCUUUGCAUUGAGCCUUGUACAUAAUCUAAUUGCACAAACAGUUGGUGUUGUGUACACUGAAUACACCAUAACUUAACAUAACCUUUGAUAGCAUAACCCUUCACAGGCUCGUGGUGAUCAAAUUGGCAGCAUGUUUUGUUUUGUUUUUGUUUUUCUGGCAUUUUUGCCUUUGUUUUGGACAGAGACAGUAAAGUGCAGACAGGAAACAGAGUGAGGCUGAAGACUCUUUAAUCGCUUUUUUGAAUAAUCCACAAAGUGACUGGCGAUCAACAAUGUGUCAUAGUUCAGGCUGCAUUUGAAGGCCGAACGUGUCACUGUCCUAGUUUGAAAGCAUCUGAUUAAUGUGUCCUUCCAACGCCAACUAAAGAACAAUCCAACAUAGACACUUACUGAGCCAAACUGUCCUGGGUUUAACUGCAUGUUAGUGACAAAUGUUGUGAAAGGAUUUAACAUUUAGCCAACUAUGAGAAAAUGUCUGAAAAACACACUUUUACAUGAGUAACGGCCUUCAAGACGAAGGUGAAGGGCUACAGUACAGUCACUGUUCAUAAAGUAUGUUCAAGAAACACUAUCUGUACCAUGUCCACCUACAGCUCUGUUGCUAGACAACAGCAGUGAAUUAUUUUAUAAAGCUUUUGUUUUUGUUCAGCCUUCAUGAUCUACAUGGCCGACAAAUGGCGCAGCCCCUGAAUGAGACAAAGCUAAUACAGUAUGUCCACUACACUGAUGAUUGUUCAACAGACAGAGGUCAGGGGCUUUCAUUUUAACAGAAGAGCCAGUUUCAUGUGCUGACCUUUCAAUAACCAUCCAUCCAUGUACUACACUUAUCCCAUUUAAGGGUCAUGGGUGGGUGCAGGGGCGACAGCUGACCCCAUCCAGACAUCACAGCUCUGACCUCACAAUAACCAGGAAGGUGAAAUCCUCAAUCUGUCACCCACCUCAGAGCAUUUUGUGAAAUGAGAAUGAACAGGAAGUGUUGAUUAAAGACAUUUCUAAUGUGCUACUUUGACAGACUAAUGUCUAUACAUUUUUACUUUACUAUUUAGAAUGGAAUAUGUUUCAGCAGCAUAAACCUCACAGCAUUUUUCCUGAAUUAAAUGCAAUUGAUUUGAUCAACUUUAUGGUUUAGUUCAUUUUAAAUACUUGAAGCUUGGGUCUCUAUUUAGUUUCUGAAAGAUAUUUUUAAUCUUAUUUGUUGAAAUUCUCUUCACACUCUGAUAGGAAAAAUUAAAAAGAAAAUUGUCUAUACCCCUCAAAGGACUGUCAAAAACAUUUCAUUCAGUCCUCAUGGAAUGAUUUAGUCCAGGGUAUAAAGUUGAAACAAAUAUUAAGUGACAUUAUAAUAUUCAAAGAUACGAAACUGCGGUUUAGCUUGUGUCGUUCAUUUUCGCAGCAAAAAAUCAUUGCUGUCUUAUUUUUCUGUCGGGCCUAGACGGUAUUCAAAGUGGAUCUAAGGUCAUGCUGCGCUCAGAGCACCCUCUGCUGGACCACGUGGUAAUUACUUCAGACUAUCUAAUGCGCCUUUACACUUUUGAACUCAAAUGGUGUUUUAAGGAAAGUCAAACAUUGCGGUUAUGAUAGCUGGGAGUUAGCAGGUUAGCGAGUCAUGUAAAAGUGUCGGAGAAAAAGUGUCCACAAUUCAUAGUUUUCCAACAGAGAAUGACCUUGUGUGCUUCAGUGAUGGAGCUUGGAUGAGAAGGUCCAUGAGAGGAGGUGGAAUGUAUAGAGUACAUUUAGUCAGAAUGUAGCUUGCUAUUGCUAACCUUUCCACACAUAUUGACCUGAGCUUAAAGACUUAUUUAUGCUCCAUGUUUUGUAAAGGAAAUGGACGGGGCCUUCUGUCCCGAUGCUCAACCUUCAUUUGAUCUGUUUUCCAAUGCUUUCAGAAGACGUUUACAAAUGCGGACAUUUGUACAAAUGUGUGAACUAGUAAUUAAAAAUACAACAAUUGAUAACCCAUGUUGGAAAAGCAAGAGAUCCAGUGUGUUUGGGCCGACCUCACAGGAGGGGGUGGCAUCGCUGCAUAUUGUACGAUGCUAUUGCUUACUUUUCCACACUCACUGACCAAAGCUUUCAGUUGAAACCAACAGAAUGGAUUUAGUCUGGAUAGAUUGGUGCAUUGUUUAAAGUCAAAUUAAACAAAUGUUUCUGACCUUAUUUUGAAAUGAACAGUGAUCAUCAGCGCCACCUGCUGCUGCAGUCACUGAGCAAACAUUUAAUA